CUGCAAACCUUCGGAAUGCCCAUCAUGUCAAAUGCCGGCAAAAAAGGAACUCCAUAGACAACGACAACAUGAGAUACCAUGACGCCACGACCGGUUAACCCCUUUGAAAGCAGUCGAACAUGUCCUAGAGGACUUCAAUCAACACUUGCCAAACAUACGAGAUGACAUGCAACCUAACCGGCGUAGGAACGCCAGCCUGGCGGCCACCGCUAGUGCCAUGUCCAUUCCGCUGCAGAACUAAGCCCCAUAUCCUCACUGGGCACGCCCCUAGGCAGCGUAUAGCGACUGGCUUACUACGCCUCCCUGCAACAAGUGAGAGGAUGGACCGAUUAGGCACCUUGACCCCAGGGGACGCGAGCCAUCCCGCCAUGGCCGCUCCGGACGCCGCCGCACUUGACGACUGGAGUGAGGCGGCCGCAUGGGAGGCUGCAAUGCAGUCCGCCCCCCUGCCGCCCUCCGCCUCCCCCCUGCCCGCGGCUCUGGCGGGGCUGGCUGCGCUGCUUCCCGACCUGGCGCCGCGCUGGCGGGCGCUGCUGGCGGCGCGGCAGGAGCUGCUGCGCAUUGAAGCGGCGCUGGGGGGGACUUCAGCAGCAGCAGCAGCAGGAGGCGGAGGCGGAGGGGAAGGCGGGGCCGAUUCCGCCUCCUCCUCCUCCUCCUCCCCCCUGCUGACCCCCGACGCCGCCCUGCAGCUGCUGAACCGGCUGGAGGGGCUGGCGGGGGAGCUGCGGCCGCUGGUGCCGCAUGCCACCACCGCCUGCCUGCACCACUGCAUCAUGGUGCUGGGGCCGCUGGCCAUACGCGCAAGGUGGGGCCGCACGGGGCCACACCAGCAGCAGCAGCAGCAGUCCCAACCUCAACAGCCCCCCCAUGAAGAGCCCCAGCUGCAAGCCCCCCAGUCGCCCCAAACCCAGCUGCCGCUGCUCCCCCAGGGUGACGUGGCGGUGGCUGCGGGGGCGGUGCGCGUGGCACGACACAGCCUGGAGGCACACCUGGAGGCGCUGAUGGAGCUGCAAGUGCGGCUGGCUUGCCGGCUCCAGGCGGUGGCGGUGCGGCUGGUGUGGCUGAGAGAGGAGAUGCCGGGUACGGAUGUGGGCAAGCUGGUGGCGGCCCGACUGGACCUGCUGCUGCCCGGAGAGCAGGAGGAGGAGGAGGAUAGGAAUAAGGAAAACUGACGAACUGUAUGACGAGGCAGGGGGAGGGGGAGCAGGAGGAGGAGGAGGAGCAGGAGCAGGAGGAGGGGCAGCAGGGGCCGGACAGCUUCCCGCAGCGGAGGGAUAGCGCACAUGGCUAGUGGGAGCACUGGACACUGCUGCCUUGCGGGAGUGCAGCACUGGAGAAGGAGGCCUGGGCUCUGAGGUUGGGGGUAUUGCGCCGUGGGGGUACCGCUCCCCCUGCAACAGCAGCCCUUCCACGCAUGGACGAUCCCCCAUCAUGCCAUGGGGCCGCUGUAACUGGAUG